AUGGCCCCUAGUGACAUUACAUGUAUCCAUCACAGUGCCAUUCUAUAUUGUUGAAGUACAGUUCUAGGUCAUUCAGACAUUACAUGUAUCUAUCACAGUGCCAUUCUAUACCGUUGGAUAGUUCUAGAUCAUUGUAAAUACCAUAUGUAGGUCAUAUGGACUUCAUCCACAAGGAUUCAGAUUAUUUUGGAGCAGUAUAGGACUGAGGCCAACACAUCUCUCCCGUUCUUCCCCAACCAGCUUUCCGGACUUCCAAAGACAAGGUCUCAUGCACCCUCCCAUACAACAUUAUUGUCUUCCUCCACAACCACCGCUCUGAGACGCAGGGCUGUUGUCCUCCUUCCACAACAGCCUUUAGCAGGGACACGACUGUCAGAAAAUCAAGGCUGUUUUCCUUGCUUCUUGAAGACUAGAACUAGCUAGCUAGCUGGUAAAUGAGGCUUUUCCCCAAAGCCCAUUGGCAAGACCGCUAAUACAUCCUCCCCUCGCACAAAGGCUCAAUGCUUCUAGUUGCUCCUAUUUUUAUCCCUAAAUUGGUGGUUACUAUGUGGCAGUGUCAGUGUCGUCGGAGUAUCUCCUUUUCAGAAAACUCCAUUACUGAGUUUUUCUCCCUUCAGUUUUAGUUAGCUAGACUAGCUAGCCAGCCAGCCUUCAGUUUUAGUUAACUAGACUAGCUAGCCAGCUAGCCUAACUUUAGCUUGGCUUGUUUACCUCUCUAAUGGGGACGUAGCAAAUUGACGAGGAAGCGUGGGGGGCGUUGCGCAUGCAAAUACUGUAUGAGAACCAAUCAAAAAGUUGCUCAAAAAGUAAGCCAGGCUAAUUAAAAUGUACCAGAGGCCACCAAAAUAGAGCUUGUUCAGCCUGGCUGGUUACUUUUUCUAUUUGGCUAGCUAUUCUAUGUACUGAGGGAAAACACUGGCAUAUAGGAUUUAUUAUUAUAUUACCGAUGAUCACACACAGGUUUCACAAUGUCCCUUUUAUAAGAGCUCAUGUUGCAUCUCUCCUAACAGACCAUAAUAUAACUGUCUGAAUACCCUCUCAGUAACCAUAACAACCUUUCCUGGUGUUUCCCAACAGGCAUUGGGAAGGUGAAACGGAAAACGGGGACGCGUGACGCUGCCUCCAACGCCGAUGGCGACAUGUACUCCGACAACGGCGAGCGCCUGUACGACCUCAACCUGCCGGCGCUCGUCAAGUUCAGCUACACCGCCGAGCGGGAGGACGAGCUCUCAUUGGUCAAGGGCACCCGCGUCAUCGUCAUGGAGAAGUGUAGCGAUGGCUGGUGGCGUGGGGGGUACCAGGGGUGUUCCGGGUGGUUCCCCUCCAACUACGUGACGGAGGACGCAGAUGGGACAGCUGGGGGAGGAGGUUUGGGGGAUCCGGCAGGGUCGCUGACGGAAAAGCUAGCUGCAGUGGUUCACAGUGCGUCUAACGGGAACCGGGUACUCCACACGGUGCAGGCGCUGUACCCCUUCAGCUCGGGGAACGACGAGGAGCUGAACUUUGAGAAGGGAGAGGUGAUGGAGGUGGUAGAGAAACCAGACAACGACCCUGAGUGGUGGAAGUGUCGUAAAGCAGACGGACAGCUGGGACUAGUGCCUAAGAAUUACGUCACUGUGCUGCCUCCCCAGCAGGAAUCCACUACCCAGAAUGCCUCACUGGGCCCCGUGGGGCCGCCCACGCCUGACUGUGACUACAUCUCUCCAGCCACGGUGGGGCGGUUUGCAGGGAAGCAGUGGUACUAUGGCAAGGUGACUCGUCAUCAGGCAGAGGUGGCUCUCAACCAGAGAGGAGAGGAGGGAGACUUCCUCAUCAGAGACUCUGAGUCAUCGGUGAGUCCUCACCUCUGUAGCUAUCUAUAACUCCAUCUAUAGAGCUUUACAGCCAUGUAUAGAGCUAUAACUCAUCUAUAGAGCUAUACAGCCAUCUAUAGAGCUAUACAGCCAUCUAUAGAGCUAUACAGCCAUCUAUAGAGCUAUACAGCCAUCUAUAGAGCUAUACAGCCAUCUAUAGAGCUAUACAGCCAUCUAUAGAGCUAUAACUCCAUCUAUAGAGCUAUAACUCCAUCUAUAGAGCUAUAUACUAUACAGCCAUCUAUAGAGCUAUACUCCAUCUAUAGAGCUAUACAGCCAUCUAUAGAGCUAUACAGCCAUCUAUAGAGCUAUACAGCCAUCUAUAGAGCUAUAACCCAUCUAUAGAGCUAUACAGCCAUCUAUAGAGCUAUAACCAUCUAUAGAGCUAUACGCCAUCUAUAGAGCUAUACAGCCAUCUAUAGAGCUAUACAGCCAUCUAUAGAGCUAUACAAGCCAUCUAUAGAGCUAUACAGCCAUCUAUAGAGCUAUACAGCCAUCUAUAGAGCUAUACAGCAUCCAUCUAUAGAGCUAUAACAGCCAUCUAUAGAGCUAUACAGCCAUCUAUAGAGCUAUACAGCCAUCUAUAGAGCUAUACAGCCAUCUAUAGAGCUAUACAUCCAUCUAUAGAGCUAUAACCCAUCUAUAGAGCUAUACAGCCAUCUAUAGAGCUAUACAGCCAUCUAUAGAGCUAUACAGCCAUCUAUAGAGCUAUACAGCCAUCUAUAGAGCUAUAAUCCAUCUAUAGAGCUAUCACAGUCUCAUCUAUAGAGCUAUACAGCCAUCUAUAGAGCUAUACAGCCAUCUAUAGAGCUAUACAGCCAUCUAUAGAGCUAUACAGCCAUCUAUAGAGCUAUAACUCCAUCUAUAGAGCUAUACAAGCUCACUAUAGAGCUAUACAGCCAUCUAUAGAGCUAUACAGCCAUCUAUAGAGCUAUACACCAUCUAUAGAGCUAUACAGCCAUCUAUAGAGCUAUACAGCCAUCUAUAGAGCUAUACAGCCAUCUAUAGAGCAUACAGCCAUCUAUGAGCUAUCAGCCAUCAUAGAGCUAACCAUCUAUAGCUAACUCCAUCUAUAGAGCUAUAAAUACAAGCCAUCUAUAGAGCUAUACAGCCAUCUAUAGAGCUAUAACACGCCAUCUAUAGAGCUAUACAGCCAUCUAUAGAGCUAUACACCAUCUAUAGAGCCUAUAUCCAUUAUAGAGCUAUACAGCCAUCUAUAGAGCUAUACAGCCAUCUAUAGAGCUAUACAGCCAUCUAUAGAGCUAUACAGCCAUCUAUAGAAGCUAUACAGCCAUCUAUAGAGCUAUAACAGCGCCAUCUAUAGAGCUAUAAGCUCCCCAUGAGCUACCCAUCUAUAGAGCUAUACAGCCAUCUAUAGAGCUAUACAGCCAUCUAUAGAGCUAUACAGCCAUCUAUAGAGCUAUACAGCCAUCUAUAGAGCUAUACAGCCAUCUAUAGAGCUAUAACCAUCUAUAGAGCUUACAGCCAUCUAUAGAGCUAUACAGCCAUCUAUAGAGCUAUAACUCCAUCUAUAGAGCUAUACAGCCAUCUAUAGAGCUAUUAACAGCCAUCUAUAGAGCUAUACACCAUCUAUAGAGCUAUACAUCCAUCUAUAGAGCUAUACAGCUAUAGACUAACGCCAUCUAUAGAGCUAUACACCAUCUAUAGAGCUAUACAGCCAUCUAUAGAGCUAUACAGCCAUCUAUAGAGCUAUACAGCCAUCUAUAGAGCUAGCUCUAAGAACAGCCAUCUAUAGAGCUAUACCCAUCUAUAGAGAAACAUUAAGAGCUAACCAUCUAUAGAGCUAUACAGCCAUCUAUAGAGCUAUACAGCCAUCUAUAGAGCUAUACAGCCAUCUAUAGAGCUAUACAGCCAUCUAUAAGCAACCUCAUAGCAAGCCAUCUAUAGAGCUAUACAGCCAUCUAUAGAGCUAUAACUCCAUCUAUAGAGCUAUACAGCCAUCUAUAGAGCUAUACACAAGCCCAUCUAUAGAGCUAUACAGCCAUCUAUAGAGCUAUACAGCCAUCUAUAGAGCUAUACAGCCAUCUAUAGAGCUAUACAGCCAUCUAUAGAGCUAUACAGCCAUCUAUAGAGCUAUACAGCCAUCUAUAGAGCUAUACAGCCAGUUCUAUUAAGCUAUACAGCCAUCUAUAGAGCUAUACAGCCAUCUAUAGAGCUAUACAGCCAUCUAUAGAGCUAUACAGCCAUCUAUAGAGCUAUACACCCAUCUAUAGAGCUAUACAGCCAUCUAUAGAGCUAUAACCCAUCUAUAGAGCUAUACAGCCAUCUAUAGAGCUAUACAGCCAUCUAUAGAGCUAUACAGCCAUCUAUAGAGCUAUACAGCCAUCUAUAGAGCUAUACAGCCAUCUAUAGAGCUAUACAGCCAUCUAUAGAGCUAUACAGCCAUCUAUAGAGCUAUACAGCCAUCUAUAGAGCUAUACAGCCAUCUAUAGAGCUAUACAGCCAUCUAUAGAGCUAUACAGCCAUCUAUAGAGCUAUAACCAUUAGACAGCCAUCUAUAGAGCUAUAACAGCCAUCUAUAGAGCUAUACAGCCAUCUAUAGAGCUAUAACCAUUAUAGAGCAUACCCAUCUAUAGAGCUAUACAGCCAUCUAUAGAGCUAUACAGCCAUCUAUAGAGCUAUACAGCCAUCUAUAGAGCUAUAAUACCAUCUAUAGAGCUAUACAGCCAUCUAUAGAGCUAUAACCAUCUAUAGAGCUAUACAGCCAUCUAUAGAGCUAUACAGCCAUCUAUAGAGCUAUACAGCCAUCUAUAGAGCUAUACAGCCAUCUAUAGAGCUAUACAGCCAUCUAUAGAGCUAUAACUCCAUCUAUAGAGCUAUACAUCCAUCUAUAGAGCUAUACAGCCAUCUAUAGAGCUAUACAAUCAAAGCACCAUCUAUAGAGCUAUACAGCCAUCUAUAGAGCUAUACAGCCAUCUAUAGAGCUAUAACUCCAUCUAUAGAGCUAUACAGCCAUCUAUAGAGCUAUACAGCCAUCUAUAGAGCUAUACAGCCAUCUAUAGAGCUAUACAGCCAUCUAUAGAGCUAUACAGCCAUCUAUAGAGCUAUAACUCCAUCUAUAGAGCUAUAACUCCAUCUAUAGAGCUAUACAGCCAUCUAUAGAGCUAUACAGCCAUCUAUAGAGCUAUACAGCCAUCUAUAGAGCUAUACAGCCAUCUAUAGAGCUAUACAGCCAUCUAUAGAGCUAUACAGCCAUCUAUAGAGCUAUAACUCCAUCUAUAGAGCUAUACAGCCAAUCUAUAGAGCUAUACAGCCAUCUAUAGAGCUAUACAGCAUCUAUAGCUAUACAGGCAUCUAUAGAGCUAUACAGCCAUCUAUAGAGCUAUACAGCCAUCUAUAGAGCUAUACAGCCAUCUAUAGAGCUAUACAGCCAUCUAUAGAGCUAUAACUCCAUCUAUAGAGCUAUACAGCCAUCUAUAGAGCUAUACAGCCAUCUAUAGAGCUAUACAGCCAUCUAUAGAGCUAUACAGCCAUCUAUAGAGCUAUACAGCCAUCUAUAGAGCUAUAACUCCAUCUAUAGAGCUAUAACAGCCAUCUAUAGAGCUAUACAGCCAUCUAUAGAGCUAUACAGCCAUCUAUAGAGCUAUACAGCCAUCUAUAGAGCUAUACAGCCAUCUAUAGAGCUAUACAGCCAUCUAUAGCUCAGUGUUUUAGAUGUCUAUAAGUUAGAGACUCACUCAUCUAGAAGUUCUAGAGUAAACUAUAGCUUAUCUAUACCAUCUAUUUAUCUCAACAUCUUUAUGGCUACAGUUACGUUACAGUCACAAGGAGUCAUCUACUCUGUCAUGAGCCUAAUAGUUCAGAAAAAGCUUGUCUGCAUUGUGUUGGCCUGAGGAGGUUGGUAGGAUGUACCUUUUGCUGUAGAACUGCCUGGAGGCAUGGCUUUAGAUGCAGCAGUUUUAGAGGGUGGAGGUGUUAGUGGUGAUAUAAAGGCUGUAGGCUCAGCCUCUCAGACCUGGGGAUUGAUUUCACAUUAACAACUGGUCAACAUCUCAGCUGGGGCCUGUGUUUUCACUCUGCUCAGUAUCUCUCUCUCUCUGUCUCCCCCCCCUCCCUCUCUCUCUCUCUCUUGCUCGCUCUCUGUCUCCCCCCUUCCUUCUCUCUCUCUCUUUCGCUCUCUCUCUCCCCCCUCCCUUCUCUCUUUCGCUCUCUCUCUCUCCCCCCUCCCUUCUCUCUCUAUCUCUCUCUUUCUGUCUCCCCCUCCCUUCUCUCUCUCUCUCUCUCUCUCUCUCUCUCUCCCCCCUCUCCCCCUCCUUCCCCCCUCUAGCCCAUUGAUUUCUCCAUCUCUCUGAAGGCCCAGGGGAAGAACAAGCAUUUCAAGGUUCAGCUGAAGGAUGGUCUGUACUGCAUUGGCCAGAGGAAGUUCAGUUCCCUGGAGGACUUGGUGGAACACUACAAGAAGGCUCCCAUCUUCACCAGCGAGCAGGGAGACAAGCUCUACCUGGUGAAAGCCCUGGCCGCCUCUUGA